CUUUCUCGGGACAGAGAACUGUGGGUGGUUCAGUUGAACAGUAGGCUAUCUGAGAGAACUUUGGGUGGUUCAGUUGAACAGUAGGCUAUCUGAGAUAACUUUUUGCUUUCUAGUAUUUUCUGGGGAGUCUCUCUCAGUUCUCUGUGUCACUGUGCCUGAGCUCUGAGCUUAGGGCUGCAAGAGACAGUACCUCUGGGCUGUGCAGGCAGUGUCUAACUGUGGGCUAUAAGGGGUUGUAAAGGUUUUGCCUUACUGUGGGCUGAAUGGCUGAGCUGGUGAGAGUGAGGAAGAAACAUCUCCAGACACCUAUCUCCAGGCUGAGGUGUAUGGUCAAGCAAUUGGAAGAGAAAGAUGUGGACUUUGAAGAUCUGAAGAAGAACUUGGACCACACCGCAUCCUUACUGGAAGCUGUUUACUUUGAUGGGCCCAGACAGGGUCUGGACACAGAGGAUGACCUCCAGAAGCUGCACUCUGAUGGCGUGCCCACGGAGGUCACUGAUUGGCUGGCUUCAACCUUCACUCAGAGGGCCCGCCACCCCGCCCGCCGCUCUGACGACAAACCAAAGUUCCGCAGCAUCGUCCACGCAGUUCAGGCUGGGAUCUUUGUCGAGAGGAUGUUCAGAAGGGCCUACACUGCUGCCAUGCCUGACCAACCUGCAGCAGUAGUUAACUGUCUCAGGGACAUUGACCGGUGGAACUUUGAUGUGUUUGCCCUGAACACAGCCAGUGAUGACCACGCACUACAGACCCUGGUCUUCGAGCUGGUGACACGAUACGAACUCAACAGCAGAUUCAAGAUCCCAAUCUCCUGUCUGAUGUCCUUCUUGGAGAAGCUGGAGAAAGGCUACAGUAAACACAGCAACCCCUACCACAGCAGUGUCCACGCAGCCGACGUCACACAGACCCUCCACUGUCUGCUCUUACGUACAGGACUAGUGCACUGGUUGACUGAACUGGAGGUCCUGGCGUCCCUGUUUGCUGCGGCCAUCCAUGACUACGAACACACUGGAACUACAAACGACUUCCACAUUCACACAAAGUCAGACUUUGCUAUGAUCUACAACGACCGGUCAGUCCAGGAAAGCCACCACAUCAGUGCUGCGUUCCAUCUUCUACAGGAUGACCAAUCCAACAUCUUCAUUAACCUCAACAGAGAACAGUGGAUGGAGCUGCGAGCGCUGGUGAUAGAGAUGGUGUUGGCUACAGACAUGUCGUCUCACCUUGUCCAGGUCAAAGCCAUGAAGGGGUGUCUGCAGCAGCACGAAGGCAUAGACAAACCAAAAGCGCUGUCCCUACUACUGCACACUGCAGACAUCAGCCACCCCUCUAAGCCCUGGAGUCUACACUCUCGCUGGACCAAAGCCCUCAUGGACGAGUUCUUCAGACAGGGUGACAGAGAGGCAGAGCUUGGUCUUCCCUUCUCUCCACUGUGUGAUCGGAACAGCACCCUGGUCGCAGAGUCACAAAUAGGUUUCAUAGACUUCAUAGUCGACCCUACGUUCUCCCUACUGACUGACAUGGCUGAGAAGAUAGUCAUUCCCCUGGUGGAAGACAACCCAGGCCCACCAGACCCCUGCAAUCGACAUAGUAAUCUGUGGAAGGAGAGUUCCAGAGGACUACAGUGGAGCUUGUCUCACAUCACCUCAGAACUGGUCAGCUUCAGAUCCACCUGGACACGACACACAGAAGACAACAAGUUCAAAUGGAAGGAGAGCGGCUCCAAUGGGCUCUUGGAUCAGAUCGUGUCGAAGGAGCCGUUGGCUGGUGAAGACGAUGAGCUCUCUGAACAACUGCCGCAGACCCCUUCUUAUGAUGCUAAACAGUAGAUAGGCCUCUCAUGUAGUAUGAUGCCUAUGUAAACGAUAUGUAAACGGAGGGUUGGGGAGAACUGUUUACAUGUAAUCUUUUACAUGUAAUCUUGAUAAUAAUACAAAAAUGUAACUGUAAUCAGCUACUUUACCAGCUAAAAUAUUGUAAAUGGAUUCCAAAUACUUUUGAAAAACUAGAUGAUUACUUCUUCAAUUACUUAAAAAUUCAGAAAUGAUGUUUUGGGAAAGAAUACAUUAUGCCACCUUUCUGUUUCUCAAUGACAUUCAAUUCAGCACUGAAAAAAGGUGCCAGUUUAUGUUUGUUCCACCUGGUUUGAUGGAUCCUUUCCAUCUUCUUCUGAUGUCUCUUAAGGGGAAAGUAAUCAGUUGACAUUACAGAGUGGAGGGGAAAGUAAUCCAAAAGUAACUGAAAGUAAUCAGAUUAUGUUACUGAGUUAAGGGGAUAGUAAGCCAAAAGUAACUGAAACUGAGUUUGGGUAUCCAAAAGUUAAGUUACUGAUUACAAUUUUGGACAGGUAACUAGUAGCUGUACCUGAAUACACUUAGAAAGUCAUCUAUCCAACCCUGUGUAAAUUAUAGUAAUUUAAUGAAGAUUACCAAAACAUGCUGGUCAUGUUAUAUGCUAAUUACCAUACAUGAUUUUACAGUGGUUUACUUGCAAUUUGUUAACCAGUUAGGAAAACUUUAAUGGAGAAACUUAGCAAAGAUCAUGUAUCAUGGGUAACAUGGGUAGCAUGUAUGUUACAUGGAAUAGAGGGGUAAUGUCAAAGGUACCAGCAGUGAAAGGCUGGCCUUAUCAUGUGGAAGAUGUACGAUGUAAACAUGUGACUGUUGUUGUUGAUGUAAAGUACAACAAGACAAAGAGUUUUCUACUUCUUUAUAUUCUACCCGUACCACUGAGGAGAUGUUGAUGUGCUUUAUAUUCUACCCAUACCACUGAGGAGAUGUUGAUGUGCUUUAUAUUCUACCCAUACCACUGAGGAGAUGUUGAUGUGCUUUAUAUUCUACCCGUACCACUGAGGAGAUGUUGAUGUGCUUUAUAUUCUACCCAUACCACUGAGGAGAUGUUGAAGAGUGAUUCUUUAUCUAAUUCUUCAUAUGUUUUCUUUGAAUCCAAAGAAUUGGAAUCGUGAACUAUACUGAACAUACAGGAUAUCAGUAGCCAUUGUCCCAGAUCAUUAGCCAACUCUUCUGACUAUCAGCCAGGAACAUAGCCUGGAGACCCAUCUAUAGCCAAACUAGCAUUUCUUCUCCACGAUGAGUCUUGAUUUGCUUGCCUCCCUGAAGUUUUGUAGAGUGCGGACACAUUCUGAUCAUUCUGAUCGGUUCCAGAAACCGGUGGGCUGGGCCAGAGCCGGCCUACACGAUGACCGUAUCAACUUUGAUACUCUGAUUGGUUAGAUUGAUUAGAGACAAUCCAAUCACUGAUUUAAUUGUUUUGUACAACGCCCCUCAUUUUCACAGCAGCACAAAUUACUUCUGGGAUGGCAGUUUCAGAUUUCAGGAUGGCACAGUCAUCCACAGAACAGAAUAAUUAACUUCAGUAUGACGCGUCAGGCAACCCAGAACUGCCAUAUUUUACAAGUCUUAUAUCUCUAACGUUGUGAUUCUGAGGCCGUCCUACUAUGGACACAGCACAUCAAAGGCAUGACAGACAGUAAUAGUCAGAAGAGUUGAAUGAAGCACUGCAGAUCUGGGACCAGGCUGAGAUAUCAGUCCAAUCCUUCAGCAGAGUCCCGUUCACUGGUCCUCCAGUAGGAGGAGCCAAAACUGUGGGGAGGAAGAUUGAACCAGUCUACAGUGGUAUUAUGAAAUGCAUUGGGUGAAAACUGGUCACGUUGUGAAAUAUUUAUGUGUUUUAUGCUCGCAGCACCACGUCUAUUGAAUAAUUGAUAAUAGGGUUUUGUUAUAAGUCAACCUUACUUACUCAACAUUAUAGGUCAGUGAUGCAACACUAAAGUCAGAGCUGUAUUGUUGGCCUACUAUGGGUAGUUCUUGGCAUGAAUUAAAAUGGAUUAUAAAUUGGGUGGUUCGAGCCCUGAAUGCUGAUUGGCUGACAGCCGUGGUAUAUCAGACCGUAUACCACGGUUAUGACAAAACAUGUAUUUUUACUGCUGUACUUACGUUGGUAACCUGUUUAUAAUAGGAAUAAGGCACCUCUGGGGUUUGUGAUAUAUGACCAAUAUACCAUGGCUAAGGGCUGUAUCAAGGCACUCCACUUUGCGUCUUGCCUAAGAACAACCCUUAGCCGUGGUAUAUUGGCCAUAUACCACACCCCCUUGGGCCUUAUUGCUUAAUUAUAGCAUGGAUUAUGAUUGGAAUAAUAUGUUUUGUUUAAAGAAGUAAACACAAAGCUUGUCCAAUUUCAACACUUUAUUGUAUCAAACCCUUUUUUUUAAAUGACAUAUGUAAUCAUUACCAAGUCAAACAAAGUUGAACUAAAAUGCAGAUAUAGAUGGAUUUCAUGUAUCGUAAUUUAUCAUGAAUAAAAAUGAAAUAAAUACACAA